AUGAAACUGGUCAUGCUCCUUGUUGUCGUUUCUGCCAUGCUCGUGUUAGGAGGAGCACAAACAGCCAGCCAAUUUUAUUGUGGAGACUUUUUGGCGCGUACAAUGUCCAGCCUGUGUUGGUCGGACAUGCAGAAACGAAGCGGAUCCCAGUACGCGGGCUACGGCUGGCCGUGGCUGCCCCCCUUCUCCUCGUCUCGUGGGAAACGCGGUAUUGUCGAUGAGUGCUGCUACAGACCCUGCACAAUAGACGUUCUGAUGUCAUACUGCGAUAACUAG